UUGAAAUUCACUAUAUGACAAAUUACAUCAAUCAUGUAUAAAACUAAGUUUUACAAUACAUUUUGGCAUCCAUACUGACAUAGAUACAUAUAUACUUUUUCUCUUCUCUAUUUUUCAAAAAAUCCUUUAUUUUAUCAAAGACAAAAUCUAAAAAAAAAAAAAGGUACUAGACAGGCCUGAUCCUUUCAGAUCAUCAGCUACAUCACCAGCUCCAAAACAAAGACAGAAAACCGCACAGUGCAACGCGUCUACCGACCGCAGAUUGAGAACGGGGAAACUGAUGAGUGGUCAGAGGUUCCUCUCCCUGUGCCUGCAGUCACAGCUAGCCAUCUCAUGCACUGUAAUAUCAUUGAUGUGAAUUACUUCUUGAUUUUUGAAGCUAAACUCGGGACAUGCAGAACGGCAAAGAUUGCAGAGGAUAUCAUCAUAGGGUCUGUCCCACUGCCAGGCACAAUUGUCGCUCCAGUUACAUCUGUUGAGGCUGGCGGAACAGUCCUAGCUAGCACCAUAAGCAAUGAAAACUCCCCAAGUUUUGUGCGGUCUCGUCAGCCAGGCCAAAGAGGGUAUGGUGAUAAUCCUCCUUCGUACAACAGGAUCGUGAUGCCUGAGCAGUAUGCAAAUAUCCCCCCACCUUCCUAUGAGUCCUGCAUCUUCGGUGGUGGACAGCAGAGUACGUUUGAUAAUGACAGCGACAAUGAUGAGAAUGGUUUUGCCCCACAUUACAUCACAUACAGAAGAAACUGAACAAAUUUUCAUACUUUGGGCAAGUGUGAACAUCACUGGUUGCUAUCUUGUAUAAAUGUUUGUCUAUUAAGUCUUUUAUACAGAGAUUUUAUAUAAUUUUUACACAUGAUUUGUUACUUUAAUGCCAGAUACUUGAAAGUUAAGUGGUUGUUAAGUUUAGAAGACUAUGUAUUACAUUUUAAUUAUCAUUUCCUGUAGAAAUGAGGGAUUUUCUAUUUGCAUUAAAAAAAAAAAAAUACUCUGAUUCUGCAAGGGGACAAUGCUUGCUACUGUGUAUGUGUGUGUGUGUAAAACACUGUACUGAAAAUGUAUUAGAUUUGAUAUUUUGAUUAUUGAUGAAUAGCCAUCUAUUGAUUGGUUAAAUUUGUUUCAUUGAUAGUAGAUCAGAAAAGAACACUGCUAGUUCAUAUAGAUAUAAUUAUAAAUAAAUAUUUUUUUUAUUGUUAUUUAUUGCAUAUUUGAUAGGGAUGAGCUUUAUAUGUAUCUGAUUUUAUUACCUUUGCAGAGUAAGGUACAGUGUUCAAAAUUAAGUAUUAAUUACAUUUAUUUAUGAAUCUCUUUUGCAUGAAAGUUUUAAGUGUUUCUGUGUUGUUUACCUCAUAGCCCCUGAGGGCUAGCACAAGAUGUUGGCAAUUUGCAUGCGAUAAACUAUUAUUAAACUUAAUUAUUGGCUUAGCAAUAAUGCCAUAUGUACUGUAUGUUUCCGCAUACAAAUUAUAAUGUUGCAGAAAGAAAUGUUUAAGAAAUAAACCAGAAAAAAACACUCCGCUAUGUCAUCUUUUUGGUUUAAUGUAAUUUUAUCUAAUUUUAUUUUUUUUCUUGUGAUUUUUUUUAAAAGAAAAUUUGUAGAUAUUUGGUUACAAAUAAUUAGUUCUUUAGACCUUUAGCUUUUUAGCUCCAGUAUAUACUCAUUUUUCAUUCUUCCUCCCUGUGACCCCAUUAGACUUAGCAUUUUGAAUUCAGAAGCUCAGAUUAGUAUUUUUAAGAAACUUAACUAUUCACCAUAAUAUUUCUGUGAUUCACAAGUUUAAUCUCAUACCUCAUGGUGAAGGUACUUCAGAAGGAAAAGUGGAAUAUAUUAGUGUUGAAUAAGUAUUAUUGAAUGAAUUAGAGUUAAUGGAUGAUAGAUUGAAUGCUUAAUAUCCCGGGGAAUGAAUAAGAUCUGCAAAAGAGAAAGUUGGUCAAAUUUGAGUUAUUACAUUCUUUGACUGUUGAAUUUGAAACUCUUGAUAAAAGUUGGUUUGCCAGUUUGACUUGAUUGAGUAGAGUUUUGGAAGAUAAAGUUGAAUGAAUUGGAUUUAUUUUAUCCUAAAUUAAAGAGCAUAAACUGGAAUUAGCCCAUUAACAACAGAUGAUAUGCUAUUAUGUCAUGGGGAAUUAUCAGAGAUGCUUGAUGAUGCAUUAUUCUGUCGAGAGUCUUUGUUCCAGGCAUAGGCAUAGAGUGGCAAACACUAAUGUAUGCCUGUCAAGAGCUGAUUUUAUUCUUAAAAAUUGCCCAUUGUUGUUGGAUGAAGGUUUGCAGAAAAAGUUAAAAAAAAAAUUAUUGUUUAACUAGCUAGAAUUGAUACUACUAGAAUAAACACUUAUUGGAGACAAUAGAUAUUGCAGAAGAGUAAGUUGAUACAAAUAAUGCAACACUAAGUAACCAGGAUGGUCAGUUAGCAUUGCAUUUAUUUAUUUGAAGCUUCAGACAAAAUAUCAUAUAAUUUGAUAUAGAGACUAGUAAAUGAUUAAUCUUAUGAGAAAGUGUGCUUUAUAAUCUGAAAUAGAAAGAAAUAGAAAUGUCGGGACACAAAGUUAUUAUUUGUGUGAAGGUAUGUUACCAACUGAACCUAUAGAACAAAGAAAUACCUUUUUGUUUUUAUUUCAUUAUACUAUCAUAUUCUCAGGUUUUCUUUUGGUUUGUUGCUUGUUUGAUUGAUAAGAUAAGGUAUUAGUGUAUGAUGCGUAGGGCCAUCACAAAGGGUGUACAUAAACACUAAGAGAAGCAGUGUUUCUAGUGUCAAAAGAUACCGCCCAGAAUGAAGGAAAUGAAUGGUAGUGGUACUAGGUUCUGUACAGCGAAGAGAACCUUACUGUUUUUUUUUUUUCUUCUAUAUUUUGAUUUAUAAUUUUUGUUUUUUUCUGGUUUUAUUCAGUUUAAACAAUAAGGAUAUCCAUGGAAAGUUUUUUUUCUUAUCUGUAGUAAUUAGUUUAUAGGUUUUUAUACUAGAUAAUCUAUAUCACGAUAAUUCAUAUUAGAGAAAUAGAAACAAAAUUUCAUUCACUAUCUUUCUCUUUUUUAUAUUUAGACAAGACAUCUUCAUAUCUUGAGGGUUCUUGGAGCACAUAUUCAAGGUUCUGCUCUGUAAAGUGCUCCUCAACACAAGCAAAAUAGUUGGAAAACUGGUGUCGGACGGAAAACCAGUGCCACUACCUAUAGCAGUGUGUAGUUUAAAAUUGACGUUUUAUUAUAUUCCCUUUGUUUUGAAUAGUUUGUAAGGUUAAGCUUCUCAUUUACCUCAGUGACUAAUAACUGUGCAAUAUUUUGACUUAACAAGUUUUGUUUGAAGUAUUAAGAUGGUGUACCAAGCAGACAGUGCAUAUGUAUAUUUAACUGAUAGAAUUAAGUAAACUACAUAAAAUUACUUGUCAGAUGUAAAUGUCCACACCAGUAAUUACCAACCACAUGUAUUUGUUCAUAUUGAGGGAAAAUCACAUAUUUUAUACCACCAAUCUCUGGAAGACACAAAAGGCGUUUCCUCAGUUUACAGCCAACCACUAGUGUUUAUGAAAUGUUUCAUAAGACAAAAUAUUUGCUUUUCAAUUUUGAUUUUGACUUGAUUUUGUUUAUUUUUAUUCAUUUGUAUAUAUUUUCCUACCAUAUGUGGUAUUUUCAAAUUGUACGUUUAAUUUUUAUUUUAUUUUCCCUGUUUAGGUUCACCCCUAUUCUACAGGGCAUAUCUUGUGAUAUUUUUAGCCAUUAAAAAAAAAACUAUUAGGAGGUCUCUUAGGAGAAGAAAAGGAAUACUUACUGUUUUAUUGUUAUUGUUAUUAGCUACUUACCUAC